AGAAUUAUCAACUAAUAUUCCAAAGGAAUACCAGAUGUCACUGGAAAUUGCACAUGCGCUUCAGUAAAAUCUAUAUUAAAAUGGAGGAAGAGAAUCAAGUCUUGGAUCGAGAAAUUAAAAAAGACGAAAAUGAGGAUAAAUAUGGAACAUCAGCGAGUGCGAAGAAGCGCAAUCGCAAGAAGAAAAAUCAGACAAAAUCUGUUGGCGAUGAUCAUGAAUCCGGAAGUCGAGAAGAGAUAGUGAUUCCAGGCAACUGUAAUGUUUCGAUUAAAGAUAUUCAGUUGGCAAUGGACGCUCUUAAUCUUCAACAAAAACCGGCGAAAACUCAAGAAGAAGCACUGCAAAAGUCUUAUCAAUUUUGGAGCACACAACCUGUACCUAAAAUGGAUGAAAAAAUUGUGUGCAAUGAAGCAAUUGAAGCUGAUAGAACAAGCAUUAGAGCGGAACCUUAUUCUCUUCCAGCGGGUUUUCAUUGGGAUACGCUAAAUCUCGAUGAUCCAUUAGUUUUGGCAGAAUUAUAUUCAUUACUAUCGGAAAAUUAUGUCGAAGAUGACGAUGCAAUGUUUAGGUUCGACUAUCCACCAGACUUCUUAAAAUGGGCAUUACAACCACCAGGUUGGAGUAAAGAAUGGCACUGUGGCGUUCGUGUAACCAGAAAUUCACGACUUGUAGGAUUUAUUUCUGCAAUUCCUGCCAAUUUACGUGUUUACGAAAGUGUUCAAAAAAUGGUCGAAAUCAACUUCCUCUGUGUUCAUAAGAAAUUAAGAUCGAAAAGAAUGGCUCCGGUUUUAAUUCGAGAAAUCACCAGGAGAGUAAAUCUUCAAGGGAUCUUCCAAGCAGUUUACACCGCUGGAGUUGUACUGCCAAAGCCCAUUGCCACUUGCAGGUAUUGGCAUCGCUCUCUUAAUCCAAAGAAACUUAUUGAGAUUAAAUUCUCGCAUCUCUCGCGUAAUAUGACGAUGCAGAGGACUCUAAAAUUGUAUAAACUGCCGGAGAAUACGAAAGUUCCAGGAUUUAGAAAACUAGUUCCCACCGAUGUUCCUCAAGCUCAUAAAAUUCUAUUCGACUAUCUAAAAAAAUUCGAUUUAGCACCAAUGUUUAGUGAAGAUGAAUUCCGACACUGGUUCCUACCGCAAAAUGGCAUCAUUAACAGUUUUGUGGUAGAAAAUGAUAACAAGAUUACAGAUAUGGUUAGUUAUUAUACUCUACCGAGUUCUGUGAUGCAUCAUCAGACUCACAAAACUUUGGUAGCUGCGUAUAGUUUUUACAAUGUUUCUACAGUUACUCCCUGGGUGGAUCUAAUGACCGAUGCAUUAAUCUCAGCUCGUAAUCUUGGAUUCGACGUUUUCAAUGCUCUUAAUUUAAUGGACAACAAGGAGUUUCUGGAGCCUUUGAAAUUUGGAAUAGGCGAUGGUAACUUGCAGUAUUAUCUGUACAAUUGGCGUUGUCCAAGCAUAGAACCAGAAAAAAUUGGUUUAGUUCUUCAGUAAAAAAAAAAGAAAGAAAAAAGUUAAAAAUUAUUCAUUAUAUGUUCAAAAAAAAAGAAAUUUGUAUGAAAUGAAAAUUUACAAAAAUAAUAAAUAAAAUAAAGUGGAAUUAAAAGUAAAAAGAGAAAAUUUUACAGGAUUGUUAAUCGAGAUUUUUUGGAGUAGCGAUUGUAGUUUUGUUUCUAUUAUUUCAAAUAUUUAGGAUUUCUCUUGAUAAAAUUUUACUCAUGUAGAAAGUUAAAAAAAAGAGAAAUACCCCCAUGGUUUAUAAACAAAGACCGAAUGAUUACACUCCAAAAAGAAAGAAUAUUUAUAAUUAACAUUUCUUUUUUUUUUUAAAUCCUUUUUUAAAAAUGCUCCAAGUGUAAAAUUGUAUAUACACAGGAACACAUCCAUGCAUAUAAAAUAAGCAAUGUAGAAAAGUUACUUUAUAAUUAUAGAAAUAUUAUUAAAUUUGCACAGAGAUCGUCGAUGAAACAAAAUAAAAAGAAAAAAAAAUCUCUUUUCCAUUAUAAUAAUAAACACGAAUUUUUCUGAUAAAAUAUUUGUUGUGAGGGUUAAAAAAAAAUCUUAGUGUAUGUAGUUGAUUUUUCGAUGCUUUUUCCAUUAAAUGUUUUUGCAAAAAUGAAAAAAAA